CUCCUAUCAUAUUCAAUCGAUUCAUUAAAAACAAUUAUCCAAAACAUUGAAAUGAACACCUCACACAUUUCUGAUAACAAUGCACAACAAUGUAUUUCAAAUAUCCAAGAGUUAAAAUGGCCAAUAACAAAUAUGACCCAAUUGGACGAUAAUGAAAAAUUGUUGACAGAUGCUCUUGUAAAAAAUAAUGAAGUAGGACUACUGGCAAGGUUAGUAGGAAAAAGUAUUUCUGAGUCAGUUCGUCGUAUGAUGUCCAGGAUGUUUGAUGAUUCAUUUCUCCAAAAUUAUUCAUUUUUGGGUUUUAAAGGAAAACGCAAAUUUUCUGGAUUGAGCUGUUGUCUAUUACUAUUUGAUGCUAUAAGAAAAGAAAAAAAAUUCACUGCAACGCCGGACCAUGAGAUUUCCACCAUUGUUGCCAAGUGGUUAGCGCAGGCACCAAACCGAAUUUCUAAAAAAAAAAACAACACACUAGCUAACAAUAUAUUAUAAUUGUAUUCUAAUAAUUAUAUU